AGGCUGAACUAUGCGAACUAGCGUGCGAUUGAAGAAUAAUAGUUAACCUCGUUUCGAUAGCUGAGUGCGAAAUUGUCUUUCAAGAUACUUAAUGACAAAGCAUCAUGCCCGAUUGCCAAUUGUCCUAUACAAUGUCCUUGACAAAAUGUACUUAAACCACUCUUUCAUUCAACUCUCAUGUUAGAUAAUAGGGUCAUGGCCGUCUGACCUGCACUCUCACAGGAAUAAAACGCACGGUGAUAAGCGGUACACACGGAGAAAACUUAUUCAACACUAUGGCAGAGGGCAGUAUUCUCGCAGGCCAGACUAUUCCACAGGCGGAAGAUGAAGGCAUCCACACACUUUUUGAAAAGUUGGCCGCCAACAACCCAGACAAAACAAUCGUCGUCUGUGGCGACACAAAGCUUACGGUCGGCGAGUUGAACUCAAAAGCAAACAUGGUGUCGCGCCGACUACUGGAGACCUUCAAGGACUAUUCCCUCAACGAGCUACCGCGGAAAGAUAAUAUCGUAUGCAUCUUGAUGUCCCCAAGUGCUGACCGCGUCAUAGCUAUCCUUGCUCUCCUGAAAUUAGGCUUGGCCUACCUGCCGUUGGAAGCUGUCCUACCAACUGGAAGAAUCAAAUACAUCAUUCGCGAGGCAAAACCACUAUGCAUCAUCUGCUCAGAGGAGUUAUUCCCAAAUGUCAACAAAACCGACGUACAAGCUGAGCGCAUUAGAGCCUUUAUAUUUGAAAAAAUUUCAGCAGACAUCAAGGGGAUGACAGGAGGUAGCUUGGCAGUAACUGAUCAUCUGGUCACAAAUGACAUGAACACUCGUCUGGCCAUUGUACUUUACACCUCAGGCAGCACCGGCGUUCCUAAAGGCGUUCGCUUGACCCACGGGAACAUAUUGAACAGGCUACGAUGGCAGUGGCGUGUGUUCCCCUACACAAAUGAGGACUUUGGGAUAGCAAAGACGUCCAUGCUGUUUGUUGACUCGGUAACCGAGGUUUGGGGUCCGCUACUCAGAGGAGUUCCAAUUGUAAUCGUGCCUAAAUCUGUCGCCCAAAAUCCGCAGAUCUUCAUCGAAACUUUGGAAAAGUACUGCGUGUCAAGGUUGGUGCUCGUUCCAUCUCUCCUCCGUAACAUGCUGGUAUACCUCAAUAUGAAAAAGGACUACUCAAAAUUGUCAAAGCUCACUUACGUGGUAUGCAGCGGAGAAACUCUGCCCAUCACGCUAGCCAAGAACUUCUUCAACUUUUUCAAAGAUGGCCACGUACUUGCCAAUUACUAUGGCAGUACUGAGACAACUGGUGACGUCACAUUCGAAGUCUUCCGCAGUGCUGCUGAUGUAGACCGCAUGACCUUUAAGGACAACUUGUCAAUCGGGAAAAUGGUGGACAACUGCACUGCGUAUCUUGUUGAUGAAGACUUGAGGCCAGUUGCGCUUGGUGAAACGGGGGAGUUGGUAGUCAGUGGUCUGAAUAUUGCUGAUGGAUUCAUUGAUACAAACCAUAUGACAAAUUUCCUCACGAAUACUUUGGGUGUGAACAAGGAUAAAUAUUUGUUGAAGACCGGGGAUUUUGCGCGUAUAAUAGAUGGGAGAAUUUACUACGAGGGGCGGAAGGAUUCCCAGGUGAAAAUUAGAGGGCAAAGGGUCGACACUUCUGAAAUAGCCCAGGUACUUCGGGAUCAUGAUUCCACAGAGCAGGUGGUCGUACUCGUUCAUAUGAACAAGGACGGAGACCCAACAAUCGUGGCGUUCUAUACAACCAAGGUGGCUAAAGAUAUGAAAUCGGAGCUCGAGAAAGUCUGUAAGGAUUCUCUCCCGCCUUAUAUGGUACCGAAGUUCCUUCCGUUGGAUGAGAUCCCGCUGCUGCCAGCAACGGGAAAGAUUGACAGACAAGCACUGAAGGUGAUGUACGAGGAUUCCUUACAAGCAUCAGGCUCUGUCGUAUUUGCAGACGAGGUGACAGGAAAAGUUAUAAGCAUCAUAGCAAAGGAGUUAGGUCUGCACCCAUCCCAUGUUGACCCUGGUCAGAAUUUCUUCGACAUUGGCGGUAACUCUGUCAACGCUAUUCAAACACUAGCGAAACUGUCCGACGCUGGUCUAAAGAUUGAAAUAGGGGAUAUCCUGUCUGCUCAGUCAGUGGAUGAGUUAGUGCGCCUUGCACGUUGUUCCACACUAAAACUGGACGAUCCACUUGAAGUUCUGGAGAGGAAAUACGACAUCAUCCCUAUUGGACCAGGCUUCACUGAUAAGAAAGCAGCUCAACAUUUGUUAGCUCUGACAUUCGCUGAUAAGGAGGUGCUCGACAUUUCCGCGGGGGUAAAUUACGCAGAGAUUAUGCUUGCCAUUCAGAGGGGUUUUCCGCCGUGUGAGAAGUCAGGAAUCUCGAUGGCGGUGUACACUAAAGCAGGGGAGCUUGUUGGAGUGAGUUCGGCUGCAAAUGUAAAGGAUAUGCCUUCCACCGAGGAAAUCUUUGCCGGCGAGCGUCUGAGUCUGCUUGGAGAUGCUUUGAUGGCUGGAGAGGUCUUCCUUGAAGGUCACAUGGAGGAGGGAGAAUGGCUGACUAGUGUCAUGAUGACGGCCGACAGCAGGUCACACCCGGAAGAUAACCUCGAGAUCAUGGAGCUGAUGGAACGAAAGACCAUCCAAAUGGCAAAGGAGAAGGGAUAUGCUGGCAUCGAAGCGAUGAAUACGAGCCAUGUCACAGUUAAACUAAGUUACCUCCUAGGCUAUAAGUCGGUCGGUCAGUUGAAAGUCUGUGAGAUUCUUGAUAAGUCGGGGAAACUCCUGAUGCCCAGUGCUGCGGAAGACGCCAUCCUUGAUGUAGCAUUGUUGCAUUUGGACUGAACCAUAGUAAAGGAGGUCAUAAUAACAAUCCAUCAGCGACCUUGUGGUGCCGGGAAGCUUGCACAGUUCAUGCCGGUCAGUUAUUUGGUAGUUUACCAACUCUAGCCACUAGCUUGCAAAAUUUCGCUGUUUUUGGAUAUGGCCCGGAACGCAUCUUUCCGUGUCUCCAAACAUGUUUAACCAAGGAGUCACGAAACGGGGCGUUUUCCCGCGCCAUAGUCAUAUCAUCAGCGUUCGCCACGGUGUUUAAGGUGUCAGUUUACCUUUAUGUACGGCUUGCAUUUCUUGAGAGCCUUAUUUCUCUUUUGUUGAAAAGGUAGACCGAUGCCUUUGCCAAACGUGUUUGCGGUCCUCCUGGCGGUGAAGUGGCAGCAGCCUGGUGAAACUACGCACCUCCCUCCGUCACAGUCAGUCCAUCAUAUACAUGUAGUUGCGUACCCACUAUCAUUCAGGAAAAGAAGAUAAUGGCAUAAUAUGCACGUAGAGUAUAAAACAUGGCCGUUUUUAUUUCUAUCUGAGUGCUUGUUUGGCCCUACCUCCCCAGGAAAGGAACACGCAGUCAUAUAUGCAGCUGCUCUAUUCUUGCUAAUCAGACCUGCACACAACCGGUGUCUUGCUUAACUGGUCUAGUUGCAGAAGGUCAUUAUUCGACAACUUAAGCGACUGCAAGCAUCCAUCAGUCAGCUGAUCACAAUCAACCACUGAUUGAUGCAUUAUCUGUAAUUUCAUGAAAUUAAAAAAUUAUUGGUAAUUGAGUUAUGCUGGAUAACGCUUUCACAGCAACAUGAGCCGCCUGUUGAAUUAUUUUAUGUGUGGAGAAGCAAAUUGCUGGUUUCCUCGGUCAGUUCUCUGACGGCUUUCUCGUCAGUGUGAUGCCGGGAGGUGUUUGCCCUACCACUCCGGCAACAACCAAUACAACCUUAAUAUUGGGGCGGCCCUCUCAUUAUCUACUACCAACAUAUAACCAUCAGGGUGAAUAAGAAAAUCAAACCAUCCCGUCAGUGCGGGAAGAAUGGAAUUCCGAGAACCCGCAAGCUUAAUGCCUCCUUCCUUGGACGAACAAGAGUUAUGAAAUUCGUACAGCCCGUAAAAGGUGGUACGUGUAUUCCUGAGGAGAAUGUGAAAUCGACUUCGUGCACCCGGUACUGCCAGUUUAACAUGUCUCACAUUCCAAUCUCUUUUUAUUGUGUCAAGGCCAGUACGGUACAUGAAUGAAAAGUGUCGACUUCUGAACUGACUCUUCUUUGUACGGAUGUCAAUUUGGUUAUCUUUGUCGUACAAAAUUGCCAGGAAGCCGUCGUCCGAAUAAGCGAUAUAUAUUUUAUCCCCUUCUGAUUUCGCAAUGAGAUGUUCCCGGCGAAAUUUGAAUAUAGGCAUGGCCUUGCUUUGCAUUAUUUUUUCGGGCCUGAAAUAAUAUACUUCAUACCUAUUCGGGACGAUAAGAGGAACCCUUUGUGAGUGGUCGAAUGCAACAAAAGCCUGAAGGGUACCGUCAAUUUCGUGGAUAUGGAUUGCGUAUACCACCACAGUAUGGCAAUACUUGGGUGAGCACGGUCUCUCCAGCUGGGCAAUUUCAUGGCCGGCUAGAUCGUAUAGAUACCAUUGAUAAUAAAUGUCCUUCGGCAGUUUCUCUCUUCUGUACGAGUACAAUAGACUUCCAUUAAAAUGCGAAAGAUUCUUUACCUUGACAUUUGUCAUAAAGAGACGUUUCCUAGUGAAACUCAAACCGUUUGUAACACUUAACUUUCUUCUUAUUUCGAAAAACUCAGUAUUGCGUUCUCGGACCAUUGCCAGGAUUACGCGAGCAGGGUUGACCAUCGCAAAACAGACGACGCUUUUCAGCCGCGGUAGAGGACUCUCCGCCAUGUGCCUGAACGUUGUACCAGGCUCAGUCGACCUGCCA